AUGGCUGACGCCGCCGUCGAGAACCCGGCCAACACUGUCCCGCCGCACAAGAAGCAGCUCCCGUCAUCAAUACCGAACUUUGACACCCUAGAGGGUUUCUCGACAGAGGGAAAUGACGACUACUCGACCUUCAAGAAGCUGCAACGGCAAUUAGAGUACAUCCACCUCCAGGAAGAGUACAUCAAGGAUGAGCAGCGGAGCCUGAAGCGAGAGUUGGUACGGGCACAAGAGGAGAUCAAGCGCAUCCAGAGUGUGCCACUGGUGAUAGGGCAGUUUAUGGAGGCUAUCGAUCAGAACACUGGCAUCGUACAGUCAUCUACUGGAUCCAACUACGUCGUCCGCAUUCUCUCCACUCUCGAUCGCGAACUCCUCAAGCCAUCGUCGUCCGUCGCGCUCCACCGCCACUCAAAUGCGCUCGUCGACAUCCUACCACCUGAGGCUGACUCGUCCAUUGCCAUGCUUGGUCAGGAUGAGAAGCCCGACGUCACAUAUGCCGACGUCGGAGGCUUGGAUAUGCAGAAGCAGGAGAUCCGGGAAGCUGUUGAGCUGCCCCUCACACAUUUCGACCUGUACAAGCAGAUUGGUAUCGACCCACCGCGCGGUGUGCUGCUCUACGGCCCUCCAGGUACCGGAAAGACCAUGUUGGUCAAGGCUGUUGCAAACAGCACAACGGCAUCGUUUAUCCGCGUGGUAGGCUCCGAGUUCGUGCAAAAGUACUUGGGUGAGGGUCCACGCAUGGUGCGUGACGUCUUCAGAAUGGCACGCGAGAACUCACCAUCCAUCAUCUUCAUUGACGAGAUUGAUGCCAUUGCUACAAAACGUUUCGACGCGCAGACGGGUGCCGACCGAGAAGUGCAGCGUAUCUUGCUUGAAUUGCUCAACCAGAUGGACGGUUUCGAUCAAACCUCCAACGUCAAGGUCAUCAUGGCCACCAACCGUGCCGACACGCUCGAUCCUGCGCUCCUCCGUCCCGGUCGUCUGGACAGAAAGAUCGAAUUCCCCUCGCUACGAGACCGUCGUGAGCGCCGUCUCAUCUUCUCGACGAUCGCUUCCAAGAUGAGUCUGUCGCCCGAGGUGGACCUGGAUAGCUUGAUUGUGCGCAAUGACCCGUUGUCGGGUGCCAUUAUCGCAGCUAUCAUGCAAGAGGCCGGUCUGCGAGCGGUACGCAAGAACAGGUAUAACAUUAUCCAGAGCGAUUUGGAGGAGGCAUACACUAGCCAGGUCAAGGGUGCAGCUGAGGCGGACAAGUUUGACUUUUACAAGUAA